AUGCGAUUUCGAUAUCUUGUCCCGAACCUUCCGGACGUUGUUAUGCGACGAAUUUUCGACUUCUUGUCUUAUCAGCAGCUGUGUAAAGCCGAGUGUGUAUGUAGACGAUGGCAAAGCAUCGUUCUCACGAUUAUGCGUCGCAAUGUGCACGAGAUAACCAUCGACCGAUUCGGUUCAUCAAAACCGUCAGUGCACCAGGUGAUGCCGUUUCAUCGGUUGUCAGUCAGCUGCGCACCGGACGCUUUCGAUUUUCUUGCUGGAGUCAUAAGAAGAUCACGCCUGUCACUCAUAAGAAUGACCGCUGAUAUCGAAUUCCUCACUGAGCUCAAAUAUGUUUAUGUGAACAAGGAUGAAAGAAGAAGGUACUUCUCGAAUGUCGACGAGCUAUGGCUGUUAAUUGUCGGCUGCAGUGAUAAAAUUACUGAAGGUUUCCUCGAAAUAGAAGAGAAGUUAUUUAGCGAGAUCAAUUUUCUCACUCUUCAAGUGCACCUUACCACUGAAUGCUACCGGAACGUCGCUGCAGUGAUAAAUGCGUUCACGACGCGCCAUCCCAAGGUGACAUUACGCCUCGAACUUCACGCCGAGAAGAGUUCCAUGAUUUUCGCUCUUCUGCUGGAGUUGCCUGCCAAUCACUCUACGUAG